AUGUUUGGUGUGCGCAGAUUUUAUAUUGGCUGUGAUCGCUGCCAGAACUGGUUCCACGGGCGCUGCGUCGGGAUACUGCAGAGCGAGGCCGAUCUGAUAGAUGAGUAUGUGUGCCCGCAAUGCCAGUCCACCGAGGAUGCCAUGACUGUGCUGAGCCCUCUGACGGAUAAGGACUAUGAAGGACUGAAGCGCUUCCUGAGGUCACUGCAGACUCAUAAAGAAGCCUGGCCCUUUCUGGAGGCUGUUGACCCUGAGGAUGCCCCCCGAUUACUAUGCCGUGAUCAAGGAGCCGAUGGACCUGUCCACCAUGGAGGAGAGAAUCCGCACUCGAUACUACAAGAAACUGACCGAGUUUGUGGCUGACAUGACCAAAAUAUUUGACAAUUGCCGCUACUACAACUCCAGCGAGUCGCUAUUCUGCAAGAGCGCAGACGCCCUGGAGAAGUUCUUUGUACAGAAGCUGAAAGCGUUUAAAGCCAGCAGGUCUCACAGCAACAAACUCUAG